AUGGAAAACUGCCAGAGAGGAUGCUCUUAUCGGGAAUUCACUUUCGCCGGUAGCAAAACAAUAAUCGUUCCCAACGGAAUAUCAAGAUCCGAUCUACAAGUUGUUACAACAAUGCAUAAGUUGGCUGAAGAUCGACAGCGAGAAUCAUACCGAAUACCUAUUUUGAUAUCUGCCCCUGGAGAUGCAUCGCACGAAAUCCCCGUCAAACUGGAACUGUACGAUGAUGACCGUCACAUCAAGUCAUCGCCAGAUGUGCAUCCUAUAGAACCCAUCCACGUGGUGAGGGUGGCAGAUCAGCAUUACCAGCACGCACCGCCACCGGUCUAUCAUGGUCCAGUUGCAGUGCCGGUCGACUAUCCCUACGGCAAUGAAGUAAGUAACACGGAGUUGCAAUUAAAGAACUAUGGAGAUCUUUCAGCCAUCCCUGGUUCCCCAGGAGUAGAUUAUCCUACGUACUCUUACUUGCCCACAACCGGGUUUGAAUGCAUGGAACAUACCUCUACCCCAGGAUUUUAUGCUGACGUAGAAACUAAAUGUCAGAUGUGGCAUUAUUGUCAACCAGAUGGACGACAUGAUCGCUUUUUGUGUCCAAACGGGACCGUCUUUGAUCAAUAUACCAGAGUCUGCAACUGGUGGUUCAAUGUUCGUUGUGACAACUCACUGUCCCUCUAUGAUAUCAACUUCGAUCUCUACCGGGAGCCACGAAAACUCGCUUUACAAACUUUGGAUUACCACCACCAAGAUUCACCAUCCCUGCAGCUCUAUGAAAGUCACCAUGCUGAAGAGCCCUCUGUCACUCUACAAAACCUCGACUACCACAGGGAGCGAUUGCUUUCAGAUAGCUACCACAAUGAAGUCCCAAAAGCAAGUGAUUAUCAAUCCCGCCAGGCAGCUCCAUCUUCUGCAGAAACCCCGAACAGUUUCCUUCGUCACGUGAAGGAUUUCGAAGCUGGAGUUGUACACAACGUACAACCUGAGCACUAUGUUCUUCCAAUUCCGUCUGCCGCAAGCCCUCAGGCAGUUCAUCGAUAUCCAGCCAAAAUUGCUCCAGCGCCAAAAGUUCACCACGACUAUGGAGAAAGAGGUGUCAUUGACUACGAUUCCAGCAACUCUUACACUCAAGCAACGCCAAGUGAAACACCCCGGAUCGCCAAAAAGGAAGGCGAGAAACGCAAACGCAAACAUAAAAAGCGAGUUUUGCGGAGGAAAGUAAGGAAGCAUCCUAAAAUCUACUCUAAACAUGAUGGUGAAGACAUUCCUACCUACAGAGAAGGAAAAGCUACUCCAGCAGGAAAGAGAUUUCGAGUUGUGAGACGGAGAAAGAGCAAUAAAAGUUAAAUUAAUUUAAAAUGUCUAUUCUUUUGAUGACAACUUGGAGCGUUUGAAUUGGUGAAUAUUCUUCUUAUCGUUUGUAAUCAGUGAUACAGCCUUUUUCUAGAUUUAAAGUAAACAGAUGCUUAGAAAACGAGACCGUUUUGAAUACAAACAUCUGUUAGAGUGCGGCUCUGACAGAUGACAUCAAAGAACAAAGCAUUGAAUGAUUUCAUUUGUUAAAAU